CAAGAUGGGAAACGAAAAGAAGGACCCGGGUGGGGUCGGUGUACAGAUCGAAUCACCAUCCCCGGUGCCGUCCAGUUGCGGUGGUUCGGCCGCUUUUAACAUGAUCACCAACAUCAAUCUGCCCGUCCCACUGUCGCUGGAAGAGAAAAAGUAUCUUCUCGCGGUGGAACGGGGCGAUCUGGCGAGCGUCAAGCGGAUCCUCCAACGGGCCCACCGGAAGCGCAAUGUAAACGUCAACUGUGUAGAUUCGUUGGGGCGAGGAGCGCUGACGCUGGCCAUCGAGAAUGAGAAUCUCGAGAUGGUUGAACUGCUGGUGAUCAUGAACGUCGAGACGAAGGACGCCCUGUUGCUCGCGAUCAAUGCGGAGUUUGUCGAGGCGGUGGAGCUGCUGCUCGAGCACGAGGAGCUGAUCCAUAAGGACGGCGAACCUUACAGCUGGCAAAGGGUGGACAUUAAUACGGCCAUGUUUACACCGGACGUUACACCGUUGAUGCUGGCUGCCCACAAGAACAACUACGAGAUCCUGAAGAUUCUGCUCGAUCGUGGUGCAACCCUGCCGAUGCCUCAUGACGUGAAAUGUGGUUGCGAAGAGUGUAUCCGUCGUUCGUCGGAAGACUCCCUGCGCCACUCGUUGGCGCGUGUGAAUGAGUACCGUGCGCUGGCGAGUCCUUCGCUGAUCGCACUCAGCUCGCAGGAUCCACUCCUAACGGCGUUCCAGCUAUCCUGGGAGCUGCGCAAUCUGGCCUUUGCCGAGCAGGAGUGCAAAUCGCAAUACCUCGAGCUACGCCACCAGUGUCAGAACUUUGCCGUGGAGCUGCUGGACCAAUCGCGCAGCUCGCAAGAGUUGGCCAUCAUUUUGAACUACGAUCCGAACUCACCACCCUACAUGGACGGUGAUCAUAUGAAGCUGACACGGCUCGAACUCGCGAUCGACUACAAGCAGAAGAAAUUCGUAGCCCAUCCGAACAUCCAGCAGCUGUUGGCGGCCAUGUGGUACGAGGGUGUGCCCGGCUUCCGGCGCAAGUCGGCCGCCGAGAAGAUCUUCAUCAUCGUCCGUACCGCGGUACUGUUUCCGAUCUACUGUAUGCUGUACAUGGUGGCGCCCUCGUGCGAGACGUCCAAGUUUAUGCGAAAACCGUUCAUGAAGUUCUUGAUACACGCUUCGUCUUAUCUGUUCUUCCUGUUUCUGCUCAUCCUCGUCUCCCAGCGUGCGGAAGUGCAAGUGGUCCUCCUGUUCGGUACCGAAAGUAUGAAACGUGCGCUACAGGAAGAGUUGGCCCGCCAGCGAGGCAACGGGCCAACGUACCUCGAGUGCCUCGUCGUCAUCUACGUGAUGGGUUUCAUCUGGGAGGAAACGCAGGAAAUCUUCAUCGAAGGUAUCCGCAGCUACCUCCGAAACAUGUGGAACUUUAUCGACUUCUCGCGUAACUUCCUGUACUGUUGCGUCGCGUUACUGCGCAUCAUCGCCUACAUUCAGCAGACGUCGCAGAUAUCGGCCGAUCCCAGCACGGCCUACAUUGCCCGCGAACACUGGGACGACUUUGAUCCGCAGCUGAUUGCAGAGGGUUUGUUUGCGGCGGCUAACAUCUUUUCUGCCCUGAAGCUGGUCCAUCUGUUUUCGAUCAAUCCCCAUCUGGGACCGUUGCAGAUCUCGCUCGGCCGUAUGGUGAUCGAUAUUGUAAAGUUUUUCUUCAUCUACUCGCUCGUACUGUUUGCUUUCGCGUGCGGCCUCAACCAGCUGCUCUGGUACUUUGCCGAUCUGGAAAAGUCCAAGUGCUACAGCUUGAAGGGAGGCCUACCGGACUGGGACAAUCAGGGUGAUGCGUGCAUGAAAUGGAGACGUUUCGGAAACCUGUUUGAAUCCUCGCAGUCCCUGUUUUGGGCCAGCUUCGGUAUGGUUGGGUUGGAGAAUUUUGAACUACAAGGCAUCAAGUCGUACACACGCUUCUGGGGUUUGCUCAUGUUCGGCUCAUACAGUGUGAUCAACGUGAUCGUGCUAUUGAACCUGCUUAUCGCCAUGAUGUCCAACUCGUACGCCAUGAUCGAUGAACACUCGGACACGGAAUGGAAGUUCGCUCGCACUCGGCUCUGGAUGAGUUACUUCGAGGAGAGUUCUACCUUGCCUCCUCCGUUCAACAUCUUCCCGAACAUGAAGCACCUGAUGCGUCUCUUCGGCAAGAAGAAGAAGCGUGAUCUUAAGCGUGAAUCGACCAUUCGUCGCAAGGAAGAUAAGGAACGAGCUGAACGUUAUACCAACGUUAUGAGAGCUCUUGUGUGGCGCUAUGUUUCGGCUAUGCAUCGCCGAAUGGAGCAGGACGCUGUCACCGAGGAUGACAUAAACGAGGUUAAGACGGAAAUCUCGGCUAUGCGCUACGAGCUGUUGGACAUUUUCGAGAAGAACGGCAUGGAUGUGUCCGCUGUCGAUCGUAAAGAAAAGGCUGUGUUGGCGAAACGCAUGAAGAUCUGGGAACGACGACUGAUGAAGGACUUCCAGGUAGCACCGGUUGAGAUUGCCGAGCAGGAAGAAGAAGAGGAAGAGGAAGAUGCUAACCCGCUAGCAAGGUUCCGACGUGUCGCAAAGAAGGUCGCCAACAACACGACCUCCGCCAAGUGGGGCCAGGUAAUGACCGGUGUCGGUGUGGAGAUAAACACACAGAUCGGACGUUGUCGCAAUCGGGACAGUUUCCGUCAGCAGCAACAGCUUCAGAAAGCGAUGGCCGAAGCUCGACGUCUGGUAGAACGUAGUCCUCUUCCGAGGUCGCGUAGUGCUUCGCCCUGCAUCGAAGGGUACACCGAUGAGACAACAGCCACACUGUUGAACUUGCUAAGUCAACUGGCCGAAGAAGGUGACGCAUCGCCUGGCAACACUCUCAACCUGCACGAUCAGAAGAGUGGUGCGGCCACCCCGCUGAACAUGCUCACCGCCCAACUGCAGGCCGCUCUCAGCAAGACUCCUUCCCCGCGCAUGGGUAAAUCACCGAAACCGUUUGGCGACUCCGGCGGAUUAAAGUCAUCGGCGGGUACGCUCGGCGCAGCCGGACGGGCCCGCUCGCCCGGCGGUUUGUCACGGUUGGAGGGUCCAUCCGUGGCCAGCAAAUCGCCACUCGCUUCCAUUGCCGGAAGCAAAACACCUUCUCCGGACGGAACACCGGCACCGGAGAAGAAGAACAAUCUGGACGUGAAGUCACCACCGCCUCCGACGAUCAUGUCUCCCCCUCCCGGCAAGUUACCGGCCACGGUGCAGUCACCUCCCCCAUCGGUCCAGUCACCUCCACCGACCAUCCACAUCACGCGUACCGAAUCUCAGCUGGUGAAGAAACGAACCGACUCGAAGGACAGCAACGACUGUGAGGAGCAGGCGGCAGAGGGUGGUGCGCCACCCCUGCCAUCCUCUCCUCCACCACCAGCAGAUGGUGCUCAGUCCGUUGUUCACAGUGACGAUCCGGAACCGCUAGUUUCGGGCGUUAAUUCACCGCCGAAGGUUGUUAAACGCAAGGCACCCGCGCCGGUAGUGGCAUCUUCCACCGGCGAGGACAUUGCCGUGGCACGUCCCGUAGCUGUCAAACCGCAACCCGGUCAAGGCAUGCUUCCGCCUCCACCAUCAAAGGAAGAUUCGGCGGUGAUCACUGCUCAGCCCAGCGCUAUCAUUCCAACCUUCAGCACCACUCCCGCAACACCGCUCCCAUCCCACAAGUCCGCAACUGCUCCACGGCCACCAUCACCGUCCGUACCACCACCAAAGGUAGCUUCCCCACCGCCAACCAUCUCAAGCCCUCCGCUGGUGCCACUGAUCAAAACAGAGCUAUUGGCUGAUCUCGAACCGGAAGCUCCUUCCUCAAAAAAGAGUUCCUCGUCCGGUGGCAGCAAGGAGAGUUUGAUCGUUGGCGGUGGAGAUGCUUCGACCGAUGCGGCACGGGCUGCCUCCUCUCCGCCGUGUCUUCGUCCGUACCGUAAGGUGGACGAUGUGACCACCAUCAAACGACAGCCCAAGAGUGGAUGGUUGUAAG